UCUUCUCUCUCUGGCAUUUGCUCUAUUUAUUAACACCUCCCCAUUGUUCCCUUUGUCCCUCCCUCGCACUCCUUUUUUUACUGCUACUAGUUGUUAGAAACCAGCAAUAGCUUCCUCGGCCAAAGCUCUCUCCCCAACAACCACCUUGAAAAGGGAUACUAAAGGCAGUGUGGGAAGUUUCUUUUGGAAGAAAUGGAGAGGCUGAACUCAAAGCUGUACCUGCAGAACUGUUACAUAAUGAAGGAGAAUGAGAGGCUGAGGAAGAAAGCACAGGUUCUCAACCAGGAGAAUCAAGCCCUGCUAUCUGAGCUGAAGCAGAAACUCCCCAAGGCCAACCCAAAGGGAAACCCAGAAGGCAAUACUAUCCCUGAGCUCAACCUCAGCUCUAGUUCUAACCCAGACCCUUCCAGUUCUGGAAAGCCCUGAUCCUCCAGGAUGGACAUGUCAUGACCCCACAAACACUACCCUGUCUUUUUGUGUAAAAUGAAUAGGCAAAUGCAGCAGUUGUAAUAGCUGUAGUUGUGGUUUCAGUUAGUAAAUGGGACAAUAGUAGUAUCUUUCUACAAGGGUUUUCUAUUUUCAUCUUAGUAUGUCUCUUUUGUGGGGGGUGUCAAAUUAUGGAUUUCUGAAUAGUAAAGAUGUAUCAGGCCAUUUGCUUGAAAGGAGUAUAAUGUUAU